CAGCUUUUUAUAAAAAUGAUCAUUGUAAAUAAUUCAGAAAAAUGCUCAUUAAAUAAAACACGAUUUGUUUGUAUAUCUGAUACACAUGGGAAAACAAAUUUUGAAAUACCUGAUGGUGACGUUUUAAUACAUGCAGGUGAUCUGACAAGGAGAAGUUCAAUGGAAGAAUACGAUAGAACUAUUAAAUGGUUAUCUUCUUUACCUCACAAGAUUAAAAUCAUUACAGGUGGUAAUCAUGAUCUAAUAUUAGAUAAAGCAUUCGGAUAUAUAGAGAAUAGAACAAAAAUAAUAUCAUUAAUGGAACAAAAUGGAUUGACAUAUCUUGAACAUGAAUUUUAUCAAAUACCUAAUUAUGAAUAUACACUAUUUGUUUCACCUUAUGCACCUACUCAUUUAGGUGGUGCUUUCAUGUUAGACGACAUGUCUAAAUGCUGGAAUAAUAUUCCUCCAGUAGACAUUUUAGUUACUCAUACUCCACCCUAUAGUCAUUGUGAUAAAGUGAUAAGGGGUAAUAGACAUGUGGGAUGCCGUUAUUUAAAAUGUAAAAUUGAUAAUGUUAUAAAACCAAAGGUGUCUGUUUUUGGACAUAUUCAUGAAGCACAUGGUUACGAAUUUGAUGAUGCUAAUAAUAGAUUAUUUAUUAAUGCAUGUUUAUGUGACCAUCGUUACAGAGGAAAUCAAAAACCGAUUAUAUUUGAUCUAUAA